GUGCAUUUCUCAUCCGCUUUACACAGAGACACAUUGCUAUUGUCUUGGUGAGAAACGUUGCUUACAUACAAUCUCACCGUCCAGGCAGAUUUUGCACUGAGCACCAAUUUGCGGGAGCGGAGUAGAAUUUAAUUCCCGCACCGAGGCACAGUGUGAGGCGUGCGGACUCAGCGGCGUCAGCCGGGCAGAAAUUCAACAGAUUUGUGAUCUUGAGGAUCUGACACAGAACAGAAGCAACACUGAAAAGGUAUAUUUAAGAAAAAGUUUCAAGUGCAUUUGACAUCAAUCAGAACAAUGUGGGGACAAACUGGAAAUACCGUGAUGUGUGUAUGGGCCUGUGUUCAGUUCCUGAGCGCGCUCUGCGGGAAAAGCUCUGGGCAGAGCAGCAUCUCCGACGAGCAGAAGGACAACACCACCGUGUUCACCAGGAUCUUAGACAGCCUGCUUGACGGCUAUGACAACCGACUCAGGCCUGGCCUAGGAGAGCGUUUAACAGAAGUCAAGACUGACAUUUUUGUGACGAGCUUUGGACCCGUAUCAGACCAUGACAUGGAAUAUACUAUUGAUGUUUUUUUCCGGCAAAGCUGGAAAGACGAGAGACUGAAGUUCAAGGGGCCGAUGACUGUGCUGCGUCUCAACAAUCUGAUGGCCAGCAAGAUCUGGACCCCAGACACCUUUUUCCACAACGGAAAGAAGUCCGUGGCUCACAACAUGACCAUGCCCAAUAAGCUGCUGCGUAUCACAGAGGACGGGACACUGCUCUACACCAUGAGGCUGACUGUGCGGGCGGAAUGUCCAAUGCACUUGGAGGACUUCCCCAUGGACGCCCACGCCUGUCCACUAAAGUUUGGCAGCUAUGCCUACACACGUGCAGAAGUUGUGUAUGUGUGGACCAGGGGGGCACAGCAGUCUGUGGUAGUUGCUGAAGAUGGUUCCCGCCUUAACCAGUACGACUUACUUGGACAGACAGUGGACUCAGGAAUAGUGCAGUCCAGCACAGGAGAAUACGUUGUCAUGACGACACACUUUCACUUGAAGAGGAAGAUUGGUUAUUUUGUCAUCCAGACCUACCUGCCCUGCAUAAUGACAGUGAUCCUGUCCCAGGUGUCGUUCUGGCUUAACAGAGAAUCUGUCCCCGCCAGGACUGUGUUCGGAGUGACCACCGUGCUGACGAUGACGACCCUCAGCAUCAGCGCCCGGAAUUCCCUCCCCAAGGUGGCCUACGCCACAGCCAUGGACUGGUUCAUCGCCGUCUGCUACGCCUUCGUCUUCUCCGCCCUCAUCGAAUUUGCCACUGUCAACUACUUCACCAAGAGGAGCUACGCCUGGGACGGCAAAAGCGUGGUCCCUGAAAAGCAAAAGAAAAAGAGGGAAUCGCUCAUCAAGAAAAACAACACGUACACAGCAACAGCCACGGCCUACGCCCCCAACAUCGCCAGGGAUCCGGCGCUGGCCACCAUCGCCAAGAGCGCCCCCCCUCCCCCCACCGAGUCCAAGGAGGAGCCCAAGUCCAAACCCCCCGAAACCAAGAAGACCUUUAACAGCGUGAGCAAGAUCGACAGGAUGUCGCGGAUCGCCUUCCCCCUCCUCUUCGGCACCUUCAACCUGGUCUACUGGGCCACCUACCUGAACAGGGAGCCCAACAUACAAGGACUGUUCCAGCCUCACUAAUGUCACCCUUCCUCUGCCAUGCCAGUCAGAGGACGGGGUACCGGGGGCCGUGGGGGCAUUGAAUCCAGGGUGUGAGCUGUGGGGUGAGGCCUGAGAAGGGAACCAUGAAGGAAGCGUAUCAAAGGCACAGAGUGUCACCUACUGCAAAGUCCCACUCUCACUCUGCUGCCCCGGGUUAUCGGAGCGAAAGUACAACUUAACGGCCAUUUUCUGCAUCUAUUCAUAAUGAAUGAAUAAAUAAAAAUAAAUAAAUAGCUAGCAGAUGUCACUUUCCAGUCACCGGGUCUGGGGUCACAGCAGCUGAUCUGAGUUUUUUUCAGUCAGAAAAUAAGGUUUUUUAAAUUUUAUUUUACUUUUUACAAUUGUAGGUUAGUGACCGCAAUGAAAAGGUCUUGUCAAAUGAAUUUAAAAUUUUAAUGGAAUUCCAACAGCGAAUGAUUUUAUUUGUUGCAUUUAAGAAAUGUUCCUGUGAAAAAAAGAUGUUAAGAAUAAAUCGUGCAGUGUUUAAAGCAUCAAAACUAUGAAGCUAAGAAACAGGUUUCGCUUAAGGUCAGCGUGUGGCGUUUUUAUCGAGCUGCUGUACAGAGAGGUUUUCAGGGCACAAGGGAUUUAAAUAUGUAUUUACGUUUAUUAGCUUUACUGGUUGAAAAGAUUAUAUUUAGACUAUUAAAAACAAUAUAUUUGUGUGUCUGUAGUACAGACUCUGUACACACUAGCAAUGUUUUAAAAUAGAGUUGUGGCAAGUAAGAAUGUAACUGUAAUAUUUAAAUGUCGGAAUGCGAUCCAUAGCUAGUAUUAUAACACACACACUCUUCAUACUGGCUCGUACUGUAUGGAACCUGUAUGCAGUUCUGAAGUUUGGGAAGCAGGGUCCAGGUGAGACAGAAGGCUGCUAGUCCUGGCUGUGAUGUACUGUAGGCUGAGCAUACGGAGUCCCACCCCCGAGAAGCAGUGCCUUCUACCCCGUUACCUUUGGAACGACUUUCCCCUGAAUAACGAGACUUCCACUUUAUCCUGACGGAGGUCUGCCAGCUCUGCUCAUCUGCACUGAUAGCUCUCCACACAUAGCUGCCAAACUGCCUCAGGAUGCACACAACGUUCGACAAACAAAGAUCUUCAAAGAAUCUACUAAGAUUCUACUAAGAAUCUCAUUGCUGCAUGUUAAUGGAAAACAAGAUAUUCUGGCCUAAUGUGUUAGACCGAUGUUCUGCACACAACAACUCCAUCUUCAACAACAUCUUCAGCCCAAAUUGAAUCAACACUGCAGAUGAGAACACAUUGUAUGGGUGCUUUUCCACAUCGAAAACGCCUUUUUUUAAGUGCACUCAAACUUUACUGAAUUUGCUUUCCAAAUGAGGUUAUUAGACCAUGUAGUUACAUGAUGCCAUACACUGACUUAUAGUCAUCAGCUCUUGGAGUUUUUUGUGGAUUUUUGAACACAAAUGCACACUUAUGUGUGCUAGUAUCUGUGGCACUUUGGCUCCAUGCUCAAAAUGUUAAUAAUCUAAAUUUUAAUGACGUUCUGAGAUAUGAUUGUUCAACAUAAGUUCUAGCUGAAAUCCAGCAGCAUAACAUUGGCCUUCAGUCUGUGCACCCCCGCAGCUAGAGCUAGUGGUCUGGCCCAAGGUCCUGGAAGGGUACAGGUUUGCUUCUGCCUAUGGUGCAGCUGGGCUCCAAUUAAACACAGGGUGUAUCAAUAGAAAUGUAUAGAAAACUAUAGUUUUGAUUCUAUUGUAUGGACAAUUACUAUCAUGCUUUAAAGAUACAUGUUCACAUGAAAUAAUAAAGAUUGUUUAUGAAUAUG